AGGGGCGGAGCCAGGGGGAGGGACUAGGGAUCUCGGGAAAACCAAGACCCCGGAGCAUUCGAGUCGGUCAGAGUCCCCUGCUGCGCCGCGAGGAGAGUGGCAGGCCGCGGAAAUGCAUAAUUUUGAGGAAGAACUAACAUGCUCCAUUUGUUAUAGUAUAUUUGAAGAUCCUCGAGUAUUGCCGUGCUCCCAUACAUUUUGUAGAAAUUGUCUGGAGAAUGUUUUUCAGGCCUCUGGUAACUUUUACGCAUGGAGAGCCAUACGAUUUUCUCUGAAGUGUCCCAACUGCAGAAGCACGGUCGAAAUCCCUCCCCCUGGUAUUGAGUCUUUACCUAUCAACUUUGCCCUGAGAGCUAUAAUUGAGAAAUACCAGCAGGGAGAUCACCCAGAUGUCCUCACCUGCCCCGAACACUCGAGCCAGCCCCUCAACGUGUACUGCCUGUUGGACCGCCAGCUGGUGUGUGGCCACUGCCUCACCAUAGGCCAGCAUCACGGCCACCCCAUCGACGACCUUCUCAGCGCCUACAUCAAGGAAAAGGAGACGCCUCCCAAACUUCUCGAGGAAUUGACCGACAAUCACUGGAUAGAGGUUUGCCUGCUGAUUGAAACGUUGGAGGAACACAAAUUUGAUUUUGAGGAAAUUGUCCAGAGUGAACAAGAAUUCGUCCUCAAUUAUUUUAAGAAGCUUAAUGAGUUAUUGGACGCGAAAAAAGAUGCUCUUCUGUCUGCUUUGCGCAAUGUUAGGACUGCUAUUGAUGAAGAAUACUCCCCACAAAUUGAAAAAAUGAAAGAAAUCAGAGAGCAGCAGCUUGAAUUGAUGUCAUUGACUACAUCUUUGGGAGAGGAGGAAUCGCACCUUAAAUUCCUGGAAAAAGUCCAUAACGUUCGUCAGCGGGUGCAGGCCUUGAAACAAAGAAAACUCCCUUACAUUAAACAUCUUGAAAUUUAUCCGCGAAUUAGCCGGAUUUUAAGGACAGAAUGGUCAAUGACUAAAAUUGGUCAAAUAAAAAAACUUGAGGUUCCAGAAAUAAAGCUUUCUCCGCGAAGGUUCCUGUGUGCCCCCCCUCCCCGUAAGAAGAAGAAAACAGAGUUUUGGAAGAUUUUAAGCAUUUUUAUAUUGACACUUUUUUCAGCGCUGUUGUUAAUAUUUUUUAGUGACCAUCUGCUGCCCAUUUUUAAUGACUUUAGUGACAUAAGUUCAGUCUAUUUUUCAGAAGCUUUUCAAUUUCUGUAUCAUCUUUUAUCUAGCAACAUGUAUACAGCUAAAGAAACGAUAUGCCACACUUAUGAUGUGCUGAAGCAGUUAAUAUGGGAUGCCAUUUCUGAAUAUUCAGAUGCAAAUUAAUUAUGUUUACCUCUCUAGCCAGUUCUUCGUUAGCCGUGUGAAGUGGGGAGUGGGGACAGGCCAGCCUUUUGGCAACACUACCAAAGAUGGCAAAAUGUCAUCAAAGCUUGAAGUGUCGUGUUUUGGUAAGAGGAAGAAAGGAGGGAGAAGAAAUUUUCCUAUUACUUGGAGUCCGUUUUCUAAUUAUUUUGAAUCAAGAUUAUUCAAAAUUUACUCAUCCAUUUUGGCUAAUAAAGAUUGACUUUUAUAACAUUGUGAA